AUGUCGGAUGGAUCUAGCGUCCAGGCGCGCUUACCAGCUGUCAACAAGGCCAUGCCAAACCAAGAAGGCACGAAAAGAGACCAGACGAGUCGAAGGCUGCCCGGGAAGGAGUGCGAGAUGCACCUGGAUACGCAGGCGCCCAAGCCCUCGCCGCCACCAGAACGGAGAGACUUAGCCGAGUAUACAGUCCGCUGGGCUCAGAAGAACCUGUCUAAGACCCCUUGA